AUUGACAACACUUACAACAAUUAUCAUAAACAUAUUUCAAUUGUUUACAGUUACUCAGGAAUGUCGCAAAUAAGUAUUUUUAAGAAUUCAAGCUAUGUCUUAUUUAUUAACUGAAAUUGCCCUCGAAAUGCUGGGAUAUAAGUUUUAUGACAUUGACGGAAACCACGGUCCUACUAAUUUCCAACAGGUUAGUGCCGGAGAAGAAAGUCGUCGGAACGAAAUAUCCGGCGAAACAUUGCAAACGAUAAUUGGACUUGGUCCAGAUGCUGAAAAUGUACAUAUUAAUGGAUCGAUUAAAUCUGUCGAAGAGCAUGCAAAUAUUGAAAAUGAUAAAUCUGUAACAGGAGAAACCGAACAGAAACAUUCUUAUUCAGCAGGAUUGAAGAGGCUUUUGGAUCUUGAAUAUAAGCGACUUCACAACCAGUUUGAGCAUGCGGUAAAUGAUGAGGCAGAUCAAUUGAUAGAUACAAGUGAUGAAGAGAACAGCAAAGAUGAUAUUUUAAAGAUGUUCUUACUUAAGGAGAAAGAAAAAAUAGAACGUGAAGCGCAGACUCUUCAAUCUUUUCGGAAGUUAGUGGAAAAAAGCACUUAUAUGAUGAACAAAGAAGUUUUCAAUCAAUACAAGCGAAUUUUCGGAAGUAAGGUUGUAGCUGCGUAACAAUUUCUCUGUAGCAACACAUUGAUCAUUUACAGCGGGCAAUGUACCAAUUAUUAGAACACUUUAAAAGCGAGAACUUCUAAUUCAAGAUGCAUAUGUUUGACUAUAUUCUUAAAUAACUAAUGAAUAUGCUUUAAAAAUAUAAUAUAUGUAACUGGUUAUUUGUUAGGUUUUAUUUCAUGUCAGAAAUGCAUUUGGAGGCCUAUAUUACUUGCUGAAAGGAUACCGUAAAUGGAAAAAUUAACUUAGUUUUACUUAAAUUAUUUUCUAAAUCUUUUUUUUAUUUUAUUUUUUAGAAAUCAAAUAAUGCACAAAUUUUUUAAAUGUUAUUUCACUCGAAAACUAAUACAACCCAAUUUGUGGUGGGCGCCUUGGCGUCUCCAACAAAUUGAUUGACCGAAGUGCUGAAUACAGACCGCUAAUAUAAUACAAAAUAAACUAAUGGUGGUUGUUUUGUAACCACAAAAACAUU